UUUGGCAUUUUUGACAAUGUUAAACUAUUUUAAAAUGUUACUAUUUUUGAAGGAUUAGUGACUUUAUUUCUCUGAUUAAAUCGAAUUUACUGACGUAAGUUUCCAUUUAAUGAUUGAUUUAAAAAUAAAAAAUUCUACUCUAAAAUAUAAACACUUACCGUUUAAGAAAUUUGAAGUAUCACUUUUAAUUUACUUAAUAACAAAGAAAAUAAAAAAAAGUGCUGGAACGUACAGCUCGUGGAAGCAAUCACGCUACGACUAAGGAUAAGAUGUUCACUUAUACCCUUGUUUGAUUGUCGGGUCUCACUGCAAAUCAAUGAGAAUUGAAAAAAGUGGAUUGUCUAGAGUAAAUUUCGUCGGAAGUGAACCUAUAUCCGAUUCAAAGUUGCUAAAGUUUGCAGAAGCCAUUUUACCACUGGGUUUUGAUAUGAUUCUCGACUUUCUACGACGCCUAUUCAACUUUAAACUACCAAAAUCUGAGAUAACGUCUUCCAACUAUGCAAACGAAUUUGUUUGUUAAAACAUAUGGAAAGACAUCGGAGUUUUGGAUAUUUAUACUUGCAAAUCGUUGAAACUACUUCAUUGGAAUACUCUAAUCUUGAGUACUGUCUAAUAUCUUUAAAAGAGAAUAGUAAGAAAUCUUUCGGGAUCGAUUAUACAAUUCAUAAAAUCAGAAUAACUAUUUUAACUUUUAUAUUUAUUGUAUCUUGUAAAAUGCCACAAUGAAAAUCUAAGAAUUUAAGUUUAUUUCUAUUUUUUGCAUUUAAGUCUCUUAUCUAUGAAUAUCAUCUUAUACCAAUUCUUUAUGUUUUAGGUUUCUUUUGCUAAUUCUUCUGUCGUGCCACCGAUUGAAUCUCAGAGACCGGUUUAUCUACGUGAAAUGUUCGAAAUAAAUGUGAUUUUGUGGACAAUAAGCAAAGUUGAGUAGUAUCACGAAUUUUAGUCUCCCAGUUGCACCUGCUGCAACUUCUACUCAUAAACCGCACGCAAUGAAAGUUAUCCUAUCAGCUAUGUGGAAUCGUCGAAUGUUACGAACUCGUAAAAAGUUGGAAGGCAUUGAAGUUAAUGACACUGGAUUUGAACGCUUUCAUUCAGCUCCAACUGGUAGAAUAUUCUUAUUAGAUACAACAGAUACUCAUUUUAACAAUGAUAAGUGGGUAGCUCUUAAAGAUGCUAAAAAUGAAGAAACACCAUUUCUAGCUGUAUCGUCAACAAUACCAGUCGGUGGUGAAACUAGUGUUAAUACUGUUAAUGAUAACAGUCAUAAUGAUAUAAUCAGUUGUGAUGCUUCAAUGGAGCAACAGAAAUCAAAUGAUAUUGUCGAUGGUCAUAAUGAUAAUGUUAUUAUUUCCCAAUGUAGUCCGUCAUCAUUUGAUCUACCUGCUACAUAUUCAUUUUUUCAACAUUCCAGUAGUUCUGCCACUCGAGAAAUAAUCGGAGAAAAUCGCCCACGAACAAGUACCACAGUAUCACCGAUAAAUUUUCGUCCUAGUCCAGUAGUAAUUCCAUCUCUUUCAAGGCGUUUAACUGAAAGCUUAUUGACUCCAACACGUUGGGCUUCAGCAAUUAUCUAUCCGCAUAAAGAUAAUUUUACAGAAGAUAUUUUUCGUAAUAAAACAACUGAAUAUAUAGAGUAUAGACCAUAUUUUACAUAUUGGAUAUCAUUUAUUCAUAUAUUGAUUUUUAUUGCUGGUUCAAUCGGUUACGGAUUUGCACCAAUUGGUUUGGGGAUAACUACACGUAUUGUUGGCAAAGUGUUACUGCCCACAUUGACUAUUGAUCAAGUUUGUUGGAUAGAAUAUGAAAAUUUAUGGAUAGGUCCAAGGCAAACAGAUUUAGUCCGAUUAGGUGCACGUUUUCCGCCUUGUAUGCGAUUCGAUCCAGUAUUACAUGAUUCAGUGAUUAAACGUCAAAAGAAAUUUGAUCGUGCUUCGGGAUGUUGUAUUCGUAAUGAUGGUGGUGGUUGUUAUCAGACGCAUAGAGAAGUAUGCUCUCGUACACUAGCUACAUGGCUUCAUUAUGAAACAGUUAAUUUCAGUAAGCCACAAACUAAAGAACUACUUUCGACUAAUAUUGCAGAUCGUGAAAUUCACGUACAUAUAUUGAAGGCUUCUCAUCCUGAAAAUAAUUCUCACAGUCAUAAUAAUAAUAUAUCAAGUAUUAUACAUUCUCUACGUUCAACACGACUUGUUGGUCAAGCUGGACCUGUAUGUGGAUUAGAUCCAGAUUUUUGUGCUCGACCACGUUCUAUUGGAGCAUUUGCUUGGUCCGAGACAGAUGUUACUAAAUGGCCUAUUUGUGAAUUACCUGAUACUGUACCAAAUAUGGGUGGUUAUGCACCACAUAUGGAAUGUCAAGUAACUGGUCAUCCAUGUUGUUUAGGCAUAAAAGGUGAAUGCAUUAUGACUACACAAGAACAUUGUGAUUUUGUUCGAGGAUUUUAUUAUCCAAAUGCUGCACUAUGUUCACAAGUAAAUAAAUUCAACUUGAUAAUAAUGACAAUUUAUUUUUGAGAAGUAAAAUUGUUCCGUUUUAUCCCCUCACCCAUACAUUGCAACAAUGUAAGAAUGUUUGAGAUUUGUUUCUUCACUGAAUACAAAAUAUUACUUCAGGACUGAUCUAUGUCAACGCAUAUUGUGACUGUUGGGAAUAGGUUAGCCCAGCAUUUUAUUUUUUGAUGUGAUGUAUCUCGACGGAGAUUUAAGAAGCUCGCUUUUUAUUUACGAAUAUAGCACCAUCUUUGGGACAGGCUAGAUAAUCGGCUGUUUGUCGUAAAGAAGAAGCUGUUCCACUCGUAUUGCUUUAAGGCUGUGGGAUAUGGUUGAUAAAAGCGAAAACUCGCGUAGGUUGUAAUGAUUUGAUUAAAAGUGUCUACAAAUGUUCCUUACAUCUAAUGAAAUUAUUAAAUGCGUAAUGCUGAGUUUUGCGUACUGUUUCAUUUAAAAAUGAAAAGCUGAUCAGUGAGGUUGUAAUUCAUUAUUCGUUGAGUGUCUUCUAUGUCUCCCUAACUUUUUUAGUCUGACUUUUCUUCACUUCUUUCAUGGUAGCUGGGUUUAUUUUCUCUUUUGUUCUUACAAGAAUUAUCUACACCCAUAUUCUCAUAAGUUGAAUUUCUUUACUGAUCUCUUUAGUUAUUACUAAUAUUAAUUACGAUUGUUUCUCUGGUUUUAGGUGAAUUGUUUAAAUCAAAUUUGUGGUAUGUCACCUUUCAUAAAUAAUGAAUACCCAAAUCAAAUGUAUCGAAUAUUCACUUCAUUAUUUCUCCAUGCUGGGUAGGGUUUUAUCGUCAUUAUUUGCUUUCAAAUUACAGAAUUGUAUUUAAACCGUAUAACUAUAUAUGUAUGAUAUGAAAAUACUUUCUAUCAAGAACUGACAUCCAGCUGAGGAAUCAUUGAAAAUUGGAAUGUUCCAAACGACUAUUUUGUCAUACAUUCUCGGUUAUCUUUAUGUUCCAGCAAGAAAUUGUGACCAUUGGGGUUCAUUCAACUUAGGUAAGAGACAUAUCACAAAUGUUGUAGUGAACACGAACACGAGUGGGGACAACCAAAUGUAUUUGAACACAAAAUUACAGAAUCUCUUAACAAAAUCAGAGAACCAUGCAAUAGAUUCUUCAUUUGCAAAAUGUCAGUCAGUCGUCUCAGACUUUACUGUUCCUUCCUUUCCACACCAAUAAAUCUCUGUUUUCAUUCUCUUUUCUUUGAUCUCCUUGACCUUCUGCCGCCAGACAUUUCACUUUCGAUCGAUCAUACAUACUGCUUAUAUCUGUCGACAUCAGUAGCACACACCACAAUGGUACUGGAUGGCGUUCUCUCUGUAUCGUAAACUAAUUAAAGUUAUAGAUGUGAACAAUGGAAUAAUAACCUGGGUUCUUAAAGGCAUCUUGAUCCCUUGGAUGUAUGAAAGUUUUGGGUUCGAUUUUCUAGUCGGAUUACUCACUGUUGGGGAGUUUGUCUUUGAGAAAAAAAACAUCUGCAUACUUUAUAAUAAAUGCUGUUUAUCUCAAAUCAGCUGAAGAACAACAUCCAAAUUGAUAAGAUGUCAUGCAUAAAAGCUUAUGAUUGCCAGCUAACACGAGAUCCUUGUCUAGGAUUUUCUGUUGAGUGCCUCUUAUCACCUAACAAUUAUUAUUUCCAAAGAACUCGUGACUAAAUAAAAAAAUAUAAAUCAGUCAACACAGUUUUAUUCACUAGACAAAAUAGACAGAUUGAUGUUACAUUUGACUGCUUUAACUUGCUUUAUUCAUAAAAGUGUGCAAAUAUGAAGUCGGAUUGAUAAGAAUCAAUUGCAUAGACAUGCAAACUGAAAACGUAAUAAAAAUAGCGAGUCAGCCGUCUUAUCUUAAUGUGACAUCAUGAUCCAAAUCCUCUGAGCAAAAAUUGUAGACCGUAGUUUUACUCUUGGUAAGCUUUAAUAGCAUCAGGAUCUACCUUUCAAUGGUAAGCAAAAUCAUGAUUCUUCCAAACUGAAAACAUUGGUCAUUCACCGUCCGAACUGUGAAAUUUAAUGAUUGUUUGGGACUGUGUUCGAUACAGUUAUAUCACGUAAUGACUUACCGAAGUAAAAAAUGUCAGUUUCUUCCUGAAUACUUUUUCCAUCCAUGUGCUAUCGAUUUUUUUCUAGUGUAUUACAUUUAAUCUUGUCCCUUGGUGUUCAAAUGAUUUUUAUGCGAGACUUGGAAAAAAUGAUUGGUUGGCAUCGUAUCACUUUAGUGUAUAUUUUAUCCGGUUGUAUUGGAAGUUUAACAUCUGGAAUAUUCUUACCAUAUCAAGUAAGUCAUUUGAUUUGAUUAAUAAAUGGAUGUAAACCUAGAUUUGUUUAAAAUAAUUAAAUCUAAAUAAACACUGAAGAGGAUUUGUUGCUCUAGUAGAUGCUUUUGGUAGUGUUUAAUUCCGAAACUUCUGUUAUCCCUAUUGACCAUAUCACUAAUCCCUUCACUUAGAAGUGAGCUUUCUGAUUAUUUAAUGAACAUUAAAUCAUUCUAUCAUGAUGGCUAUCUACCAACCAGACAAGAAAAAAAGAAAGAAUAAAGUCUCUAAGGAUAUGAAAUUUGGUCUGUUUAACUGUCUAUCCGUUCGCUUUUAUGACCAAACAAAAAUGUAGUUUUAAACGUUAAAUUAAAAGCUUAUUCCCAAUAAAUAAGGUGAAUUUUUUUCGAAUUCGGUAACAAUUUGCUGUACCUUUUACCUUAAUUAUUUGAUCUUAUCUGUCUCGAAUAGCAUGGGAUGGAUUUUCUUGAGAAAUACGUUUGUGUGUUGGAGUUCCAACAGAAGAGUUUCUUCAAUAAUUUUAGGUGACUAAAAUUAUAAACAUUAUUGAAUAGAAUUAUGACUAAUUAAUUGUAUUAAAAAUGUAAUCGUUUGUAAAAUAAAGUUCUAUCUAUUUUAAUGUUUGAGAUCAAUUGAAGCUAGACCACCAUGGAAAACCUGUAUACGGCUAUCCAGUGCUUCCAGGUUUUCCAUGAUGGUCUAGCUUCAAUUGACACAUGAUCUCAACUAUUAAAAUUAAUAUAAUAUCCACAAAAUCCACUACCGAUUCUAUCUAUUAGUUUUUUAAAAAAACCCAAUUAUUUGAUGAGUUCAAAAUGAGGCAACGAAUUGACAUCCCAGAUUAAAUUUAUUUUACCUCAUCAGAAUGGAGUUAGAAUAUGUAAACAUUAACGAGGUAAUUGAUUUCUUGAUAUUACGUUGUUCUAUUCCUUUAGAAAAUGGAAGUAAUUAAUGACAAUAUGACUUGGAGAUGUACAGAAUAUCGUAUAAUGAGGUGUAGGUUGUGUUGCCAUAUGAACUAUGGAUCGUACUUCUAAGCGUAUGAUUGAUUGACGGAGAGAUGUGCGGUUCGAGUUUUAAACGUUAACUGCUCUAACCUAAAAUAUCACAACAGUUAUUCAAGUAAUGAUUUUAAAAUUUAGUUGUUCACUAAACCUAUCGACUUCAUACUUGCAAUUUUAAUGAGAAUUCGAUUAGCUAACUUAAAAUUAACCCGGCUACACAUAUGUGACUGUGACGACGGACCACCGGUGAACUCGAGGAAGCUGUAAGAGGCACAGAAGAAGCCGAAGACGUCCCAUCCAAUCACCUUUCGGAAGAAUGUUCUAGAAUUCCAAUGUGUAGCUUCUUGAUUGGAUAAUGCUAAUAACCCACUGUAUGCGGAUUGGAAGACUAAUGAUGAUUUCGUUCUCACUAAAAACUAUAAAUACCUGACAAUUUUGUACUAUGAUUGACACUGUUUGGAAUAAUAUUCCUUUCGUUAGUCUUCUGUCUUCUUACUGGAAGGGUUUUGGUGUUCUAGUGCUCAGUUAUUCGCGAUAUAUCGAAAAAUCAGCUUUUUCAAGAUAUAACAGUGACACUAUGCUUCCUAUGGACGAAUUUCAUAUAUGAAUGUCACCCACCUAAAAUGACUAAUCUAACACAUAUUAAACAUAUUCAAAUGAAGAAUACAUCAUUAGUCUGACUGAAACGUAUUGUGUUAUAACAAACAGCAAGGUUAUGGAAAUAUAUGACAAGAUACAGAAGUUUCAUCGUGCGCAACCAUGACCCAGAUAAAUAAAUUAUUUUAUUUAUUACAUAACUACUAGUACAAAUGAAUAAAUUAGGGUUAGUAAGUAUAUAAAAAAUUAGGAUAGUCGGAUAACGAAUUAUGAACUAGUCAGAGAUUGAUUCAAAAAAUUAAAUGGCUACAUAAUUAAACACCAAUCGUUCUUACCUACUUGCGCCUGUUACUCCUAAUGGAGCAUAGGCCGCCGACCAGCAUUCUCCAACCCCACUCUGUCCUGGACCUUCCUCUCCAGUUCUAUUCAAUUUUGUUCGUUCUUCUCAUGUCUGUUUCCAUUUCUCGACGUAAUGUGUUCUUUGGUCUUCCUCUUCUCCUUUGGCCAUGAGGAUUCCAAAUGAGGGCUUGCCUUGCGGCGCAGUCGCAUGCUUUCCUCAAUGUGUGUCCUAUCCACUUCCAGCGCUUCUUCCUGAUUUCUUCCUCCACUGGUAUCUGGUUUGUUCUCUCCCACAGUAGGUUGUUGCUGAUAGUUUCUGGGCAACGGAUCCGAAGUAUUUUGCUUAGACAACUGUUAAUAAACACUUGUAUCUUCUGAAUGAUGGCUUUCGUAGUUCUUCAAGUUUCCGCCCCAAACAGUAGAACUGUCUUGACAUUUGUAUUGAAAAUUGUGACAUUGGUGUUGGCUGACAGACAGUUGUUUUGAGUUGCAGAUGUUCUCCAGUUGUAGAUAUGCUGCUCUUGCUUUGCCGAUCCGCGCCUUCACAUCUGCAUCAGAUCCAUCGUGUUCAUCAAUGAUGCUGUCCAGAUAUGUAAAGGUUUUUACAUCAUUCAAAUCUUCUCCGUCAAGUGUGAUUCGAUUGGCGCAUGCUGUGUUGUAUCGGAGAAUCUUGUUUUUCCCUUUGUGUGUGUUGAGACUUGCUGCUGCUAAGGCUGUUGCUACACUGGUCGUCUUCUGCAUUUGUUGUUGCGUGUGCGAGAGAAGAGCACCAAUUGUUCUUGGAAUCAUUUGAUGGGUUGUAUUGAUAGAAAUAUAUUUUUAUUCCCUAAUCAUUAGUUGCCAAAGUGUAGUGAACUAAACUACAUCAUUUUAUUUAUUCAGAUUGUUUCGAUCCACUUUUCUCUGAUUUAUUUAUUUGAACACAUAAAUAUUGGUACAAGAGAGCGCCAAUAUAUAUGCGCCACACACUAUCAAAAUCAUUCAUGCACUCAAUUUGUUUUCAAUCUAGAGAUGUAUUUCGAUUAAAAAACUCAUUAUUAUUAACACUAUUAUUGAUAAACCAGUCAGUUUAUUUCAUUUUGAUUGUUUUUUUGUACUACGGGGAUUUUUCUUUUCCUUAGGUAGAAACUGGACCUACAGGUGCACAGUUCGCUUUACUUGGUGUCACUUUAGUUGAUUUUAUACAUUGUUGGAAUUUUUUAGCACAUCCAUGGUAUGCAUUACUAAGAAAUAUUUUACUGGUAUUUAUAUUAUUCACAUUUGGUUUGUUACCAUGGAUUGAUAAUUAUGCAAAUGCUGGUAGUUUUCUAUCUGGUAUUUUAUUAUCAUUUAUUUUAUUACCAUUUCGUGGUUUCAUUUAUCCACCUGUAUCUCUUAGUGCAUCCAUAGCUACAUCAGUUAAUCAAAAUAUAUUUGAUAAUAAUUAUUAUAAUACACCUAUAACAUCACCAACAACACCAUCUAUUCUAUUUAAUUUCAAUUUACCUGAUAUAAAUCGUAAAAGUUGUACAUCAUUACAACAUCAUUCCUCUAUGCAUCCACAAUAUCUUCAACAACAAUUACAAUUACAACAACAAAAUUCUAAAUGUCAUCAUCGUUGUUUUAUUAUUAUAUUAUGUUCCAUUCUAUGGUUAAUAUUAUGUAUUGGUUUAAUUCUUAUGUUUAUAUGGGGUCCAAUUAUUAAUUGUCGAUAUUGUAAUUAUUUUACAUGUUUACCAUUAACAUCAAAUUUUUGUGAUAAUUUACAAGUUAAUGUAAAACAACGAUCUGAUUGUAUUUUACCAAAUUGGAUUUAACACAAUUUAUUUUGUAUCAGAAUUAUAAUCAUUUCAAUAAUUGCUAUCAUAAGUCAAUUGAAGCUAGAUUAUCAUAGAAAACGUGGAAAUGACCAUCCAAUGCUUCUAGAUUUUCCAUAGUGCUCUAGCUUCAAUUAACUCAUGAUCUCAAUUAUUGAAAUUUUCAUAAUGUACAUCUUCAUUAUACAAUAUUGAUCAAAUAUCAUGACGUUUUAACAGAUACAUUAAAGUAAUUUGUUUUUUAUUUUAUUAAAAUAAACUAUUUUGGGAAAACCAUUUUUUAGGUAUCUCUUCUUCCUUUGUGUGUGCGUGCAAAGACACCACUUUUGUUUGUAUUGUUGAAUAUUCAGUUUAUAAAUAUAAAUUUCGUAUAUCAUAUUGUGAUUGCUUUUAUCAUUAUAAUUUUAUGAUUAUAAAAUUUCUGUUCUUAAAUUGAAUUAGGAUUGUUGUUAUCUUAUACUCUAUAUUUUCUCACAUACUAAACUGUAAGCAUAUUAUAGGGAAAAUAUUUAAUACUGAUGAUAUCUCCCCAUUGAAAUGACAGACUUGAUUUUAAUCAGAGAGGGAUUCUGUGGAUAUUAUAGUAGUUUAAUAGUUGAAUUCAUGAGUCAAUUGGAGCUAGACCACCAUGGUGGGUGGUGACGCGAAUUCCUGGAUUGUUAGAAGUUACACAUUAACACCGUUAGAUGCUGGCUCAGUGGUCUAGUUGUUAAGCGACCGCACGCGAGACUGAUAAAUCCUGAGUUCGAAUCCCGCGUGGUAGGGUCUUGGAUGCACACUACUGAGGAGUCACAUAUUAGAGUGAAACGGCCGUUCAGUAUUUCCAGGUUUUAAACGGUGGUCUAGAUUUCAUUUUGUAAAUCAAAAUUUGUUCAUAAAAAGACACUAUAUAUGUAUUUUCGAGUUGUCAAAUCAAUCUAGCUUAGGCGAAGAGAAGAAACGUAGUUCCGUGUCCACAUGCUUGAUAAUACUUACUCCUGUUACCCCUCGUGGAGGAGCAUAGGCCGCACACCAACAUUCUCCAUCGAACUCUGUCUAUCCUUUGUAGUUACUGUUAUAUCCUGUGAAGAUUAAGUUACAGGUAACUUCCGAGGGCUAUUCAUGGACUAAUAUUCUAUAAAUAUUCUUAUUGUAUAACUAUUCAACAAUUACAUUAUGUAUAUUUAUAUUCCUUUUAUGAUAAGCUUUAUUUUGACCCAUAACUUAUUAUUGUACGAUUUACGGUUCUUAAGUUAUGUUCAGUUUAUUAACUAAUGCCUCCCACAUUCACAGCCACUUUUUGGCUUAUUUGUGUACAAAUGUUAUUUCCUAUUUUAUGGUACGUUGCGGUCUGUCUGGUUGAUAUAUAAACCAAGUAUGCCUGAAAUAAACGAUCUGCUCUGAUUCGGAAGCUGGUAUUGUGU